AUGGAAACUGUAAAUGAACAAGCAAAUGCAGAUGGGCUUAUAGGGCUCAACAAUGGUGGCCAAGCUCAAGGUUCAUCAUCCAACAAUGGAGGAUUUCCUGUGAAUCCCAAUUCCACACUGCCAAUAAAUCCCUGUCAAGGUAUUGAUUACAAUCAUCCAUUGUCUAUACGAUUAGCUUUGUUGGGUAGAAAUAAAAUUGGACUAAUUGAUGGUUCAUGUACGAAAGAGACAAUUUCUGGGGAGUUAUGGGGCCAAUGGGAGAGGGUGAAUGCCAUAGUUCUCUCGUGGUUGCUGAAUUCUGUUUCUAAAAGUAUUCUUGGUGGUCUAGCUUUUUCCUCUAGUGCUUUCAAUGUUUGGACUGAUCUUAAAGAAAGGUUUGAUCAAUUAGAUGGAUCAAGAACCUUUAGCCUACAUAAAGAAAUAGUGACCUUGCAACAAGGAACAAACUCUGUAUCUGUGUAUUACACAAAGCUCAAAACCUUAUGGGAUGAAUUUGAAGCCAUGGUGCUUUCUCCUGGUUGUAACUGUGAAGUUUCAAGAGGUUUUGUUGCUCAUUUGAAUAGACAGAAGUUAUACCAAUUUCUCAUGGGAUUAAAUGAGUCCUUUAACCAGGCAAGAAGUCAAAUAUUAUUAAUGAAUCCAAUUCCUACUGUGAAUCAAGCUUAUGCUAUGAUAAUUAGUGAUGAGUGUCAAAAAUCUGUUGCUUCAAGCUAUACUAACAGUCUUGGAAUGAAUUUUGUGGCAUCAAGUAAUGUGAACUCUUUUGGCAUAUAUUCAAGAACUGGUGGAAACAAGGGGAAUGAGAGUUUUAACUCUGGUCAUACUGGAGGUUAUGCAGGACCUAGUUCCCAGCUUGGGACAAAUGCCAGGUUCAAAAAGAAUUUCAAUGUAAUAUGUGAUUUCUGCAAGUGUAAGGUACAUACCAAGGAUCAGUGCUACAAGUUGGUGGAAUAUCCAACUGGGUUUAAGUCAAAGAAAAAAGUUUAUGUUAGUGGUAAUUCUGGUGCUGCAUAUAAUGUGAUAAACAGUCAAACUAUGUCACAAAAUGAUAUCUUUGUGCAUUCACCACAUGUGUUUAACUAUGGGCUAAACACUAAUGUUCCCAUGUCUCCAAAAGAAAAACAUCUCAUGACAGGUGUUACAAAUGAGGUGGAUGAGUAUGCUAAACAGCUCCAAGGGUGUACAUUUAACAAAGACCAAUAUAAACAGAUUCUUCAGAUGCUGAACCAAAGUAACAAUGGUGGCAUGCCUAAAGGAGUUGAUCAUGUCAGUGCAGCUAAUACUGCUGGUAAGACUCUCUUAGUUUUUGAGAAUAGUGAGGUCUGGAUCAUUGACACAGGUGCAACAAACCAUAUGGUUUCAAAAAUUGACAUGAUUACUAAAGAUUCCUUGAGAAAAACUGAUAGUUCAAAACAAGUGUGUCUGCCUAAUGGAGAUACUGCACAUGUUACUCAUAUAGGAUCUUGUUGUAUUUCACCAAGGAGUAUUAUUACUAAUGUGCUGCAUCUUUCAAAAUUUAAAUAUAACUUAAUGUCUGUGAGCAAGGAAAUCUACAAUGGGAAGGUACAGGAGAUUGAUAAGGAAGAUGGAGGAUUAUAUCUACUUUUGAAUAAGCUCAUAUCAAAUCAAUUACAAGAAGAUACAGUUACAGCAACAAGUAAUGUUCACAACAAACAUGCUAUACAGAAAUCUGAAGUAGAACUGUGGCACAAGAGGCUUGGACAUGUGUCAUCUAAAGUCUUAAAUAAGUUGUUUUCUUUGGAUAGUCAGGAUGUUAAUAGAUCAGUGAAUAAAUGUACAGUGUGUCCUUCUGCAAAACAGACAAGAUUUGUGUUUCCUAUCAGUAUUAUCAAGAGUUUAGAUAGUUUUGACUUGAUUCAUGUUGAUGUUUGGGGCCCUUAUAAAGUAGCUACAUUUGAUGGUAAUAAGUACUUUCUUACAGUGGUUGAUGACUUCACAAGAAUGAAAUGGUUAUUUCUAUUAAAGAGUAAAGCAGAUGUGUGUGUUUCUCUUCAACAUUUUUUAUACUUUGUCAAGACACAGUUUGGAUAA